AGUGACGUAACUUCUGGGUAGGAUUUGUACAGUGCUGAACGUGUUCAAAGGUUUAUACGAUGUUACAAAAGGAAUUCCACUGGGAUCUGCUACGAGCUCUUCAACUUUCCGAUCGUGUAGCAGAAUGCCUUGUGAGUUAAAGCCUCGGUUCCUGGUUCUGUACGGGUCUCAGAAAGGCCAGGCCCAGUCCAUAGCCGAGGGGAUAGCUGACGAGGCCGAGGAGAGGGGACUGUUUGCUGAUAUCUGCUGCUUGAGUGAAGGACACAAGUUUAACUUGGAGAAGGAGAGUUCUCCUGUGGUGUUCGUUGUGUCUACCACAGGGGAUGGGGACCCACCAGAUACAGCCCAGAAGUUUGUCAAGAGAAUCAAGAAAAAGACCCUGCCCCGUGACCUCUAUGCUCACCUCUGCUAUGCUUUUUUAGCUCUGGGCGAUACAAACUAUGCAGAUUUCUGCAAAUGUGGGAAGACUAUUGACAGUCGUCUACUGGAUCUCGGUGCUAAACGUUUCUAUGCAACAGGACAUGCAGACGACGGUGUAGGGCUCGAGUUGGUGUUGGACCCCUGGCUUGAAGGACUGUGGGAGGCGAUCAGAGGAGCGUUAUCCAAGAUGGCUGCCCCCAGCCUGAGAGAUGGCCAUGUUAGGGACCAGAGAAUAUCGUCAAACGAAACACCUGAAUCGUCAGCAACAGACAUCAAACUCCACCUCCUGAGUCUCAACGAAUCAGAAUCCCAGAUCACCAAAUCCCUCACAACAGCAGCAAGUGCUAAGAUUGAUUCUUUGGCUGUUUUAGCAUCAGAGACCGGGAGCUCAGUUACUGAUCUCAUAACGGUGUCAGCGACCGACAACACUGGGACUGCUCUUAAACUUGAUAGUGUUGUCUCUGAACGCAAGUCAGUGUUGACGACACAGAGUGGACAGACUGGGGCUCCCCCUGCUGUUGUAGAAGCCUCUCUGACACGCUCCUUGCCUCCGCUGUCUGAGUUGGCCCUCACCAUCCCAGCUCUGCCUCCACCCUACCUGGAUGUCAUGCUUCAGGAAGCCACCAUAGAAGAAGAGACCAAUGCUCCGGUCAGUAAGGAGACUCUUCACGAGGUUCCCAUCUCCAGGGCAGUCCAGCUGACCAGAGACGACUCAGUUAAAACAGCCCUUCUGAUCGAGAUGGACAUCUCAUCCCACCCUAUGGCCUACCAGCCUGGGGACUCGCUUGAUGUGCUCUGCCCUAACAGAGCCUCCGAGGUGGGGGAGCUGCUCCGUAGACUGGGCCUAGAGGAUCAGAAGAGCAACCGCAUCCAGCUCUCACUACGAAAAGAAACCAAGAAGAAAACUGCUCAGAUCCCGUCCUACAUCCCAGAGAACAGCACUCUGCGCUACCUGCUCACCUGGAGUCUGGAGAUCAGGACGGUCCCUAAGAAGGCGUUCCUCCGUUCCCUGGUGGAGUGUACAGGAGACAGUGGUGAGAAGAGGAGACUACAGGAGCUGUGUAGUAAACAGGGAUCAGCCGACUACAACCUCUAUGUCAGAGACCACAACCUCGGCCUAUUGGACCUGCUCACGGCUUUCCCCGCCUGCCAGCCCCCUCUCAGCCUCCUCAUAGAACAUUUGCCCAAACUGCAACCAAGACCGUACUCCGCGGCAAGCUCCAGUUUAAGACAUCCUGGUCGGCUGCACUUUGUUUUCAACAUCAUAGAGUUCCCAGCAUGCGCUGGGAGACCCGUGGGGAGGCGUGGCCUGUGUACUGGUUGGCUCUCUGACCUAGUUGAUCCCAUCCUGGUGCACCCUGGGAAGGCUCAGUCCUCCAGCACCCCAGCCCUUCCUAAGGUCCAUGUGUGUGUGCGUCAGAACUGCUCCUUCCGCCUGCCCUCUGACCUCUCCAAACCCUUCAUCAUGAUUGGACCAGGCACCGGGGUUGCACCCUUCAUUGGAUUCCUACAACAAAGGGAGAAGGAGAGGGAGGAAAACCCAGAGGCGGAGUUCAGUGAGACCUGGCUGUUCUUCGGUUGUCGCCAUAGAGACCGAGACUUCCUGUUUAGAGAGGAGCUGCAGGGGUUUGUGGCCAGUGGAACCCUCACCCAUCUGAAAGUGUCUUUCUCACGGAACACUCCGGAGGGAACAGAAACACAGACCGAGACGGGACCCAGAUACGUCCAACACAACCUGCUCAGCCAUGCCAAAGACAUCGUCAACCUCCUCCUCAAGGAGAAUGGAUACCUCUAUGUCUGCGGUGAUGCUAAGAACAUGGCUAAAGAUGUAAACGACACCCUGAUAGAGAUGGUAUCAGCAGAGCUUCAGCUGGAUAAACUGGACGCCAUGAAAAGACUGGCCGGACUCAGGGAGGAGAAACGUUAUCUUCAGGACAUCUGGAGCUGAAAGUAUUCACACCCCUUAACUUUUUCAACUUUUUUUUUGUGUUACAAGUUGGGAUUGAAAUGUAUGUAAUUGUCAGGCCAGCAUCCCGGAGUCGCCUCUUCACUUUUGACGUUGAGACUGGUGUUUUGCAGGUACUAUUUAAUGAAGCUGCCAGCUGAGGACUUGUGAGGUGUCUGUUUCUAAAACUAGACACUCUAAUGUACUAGUUCUCUUGCUCAGUAGUGCUCCGGGGCCUCCCACUCCUCUUUCUAUUCUGGUUAGCGCCAGUUUACGCUGUUCUGUGAAGGGAGUAGUACACAGUGUUGUACGAGGUCUUCAGUUUCUUGGCAAUUUCUCACAUGGAAUAGCCCUCAUUUCUCAGAACAAGAAUAGACUGACAAGUUACAGAAGAAAUGUAUUUGUUUCUGGCCAGUUUGAGCCUGUAAUCGAACCCACAAAUGCUGAUUCUCCAUAUACUCAGCUAGUCUAAAGAAGGCCAGUUGUAUUGCUUAUUUAAGCAGAACAACAGUUUUCAGCUGUGCUAACAUAAUUGCAAAAGGGUUUUCUGAUGAUCAAUUAGCCUUUUUAAAAUGAUCAACUUGGAUUAGCUAACACAACGUGCCAUUGGAACACAGGAGUGAUGGUUGCUGAUAAUGGGCCUCUGUACGCCUUUGUAGAUAUUCCAUAAAAAAGUAGCCGUUUCCAGCUACAAUAGUCAUUAACAAAUGCUUUUCUUUCAAAAACAAGGACAUUUCUAAGUGAAUUCAUUUUCAAUACAUUACCAAACAUUUCUAGAAACAUGUUUUCACUUUGUCAAUAUGGGGUAUUGUGUGUAGAUGGGUGAGAAGAAAAAUAUAUUUAAUCCAUUUUGAAUUAAAGCUAUAACAACAAUGUGGAAUAAGUCAAGGGGUAUGAAUACUUUCUGAAGGCACUGUAUUUUAUGUUGCAGACAGAAAAGGUCCAUGUCGUUUUACUUGGCCAUUCAUUUCCAUUCAGCAACACCUAAACUGACUAUGGAUUGGGUUGCAUGCUGUUCGUCUUGCCUCACAGGACCAAAAACUGACUGCAGAAGAUUUUGAUUUUCAAACUUUCAAGUACUAUAGUUGUUUUUAUUGUAGUUUUAUGCAAUACUAACACGCUGCCUGUUAUACUACUCACACACCUCUGUUUGACUCUGGAGUCCUGCCGUGUAUUCACACCAUGAGAUCAGUACUGUCGCUAUCCCUGGAAGACUUCUUGUCGACUUGAGAUUAUGGAAGAACACCAAGGUACACCAGAGACCAUACUUUGUCUGUACAAGCUAAAUGAAAGCUAGGUGAAACUGCCUUCAAUCAUGAGUUACCAAAUGUUACACAUUUCACAUGCUUGUCUUACUGUGUACAAAAUCCCAAAAUACACUCACUCAAAAAGCUUGUAUUUUAUUAUGGAUUAGCUGCUGCCAAGGCAGAAGCUACUCUUCCUGAGGUCCAGCAACAUUAAGGCAGUUCAAAUUAAAGGCAUUGCAUUUCAUAA